AUGCUGCUUCAUUGCCUGGUUCGUCGCUCUGCCGUCUCCCUCCUUCCCUCCCUUCGCCCCCGCCUGCAAUCAGUACUGGCAAUGGUGUUCUACUUCAAGGCGCGGCCGGACGCCGGCGACUACACCAUCUACAUGGGCGCCGACAAGAACGAGAACGAGGAGCUCAUCAAGUACGGCCUCCCCGAGGACGUCUGGUUCCAUGUGGACAAGGUGUCCUCGGCGCACGUCUACCUGAGGCUCAAGAAAGGCGAGUCCAUAGACACCAUCAGCGAAGGCCUCCUGGAGGAUUGUGCGCAGCUCGUAAAAGCGCAUUCCAUUCAAGGAAACAAGAUGAACAAUGUGGAGGUGGUCUACACGCCAUGGUCUAACCUCAAGAAGGCGACGUCCAUGGAUGUCGGCCAAGUUGGCUUCCACAACCAUCGGAUGGUACACGUCUUGACAGUGGAGAAGCGUGUCAAUGAGAUCCUCAACAGGUUGAAUAAGACCAGGGUCGAGCGCCGACCAGACCUCAAAGCCGAGAAAGAUGCAUCAAAUGCAGCGGAGAAGGCCGAGCGGAAGAUGCAGCUGAAAGACAAGAAGCGCAGGGAGGAGAUGGAGAGGGUGGUGAAGGAGCGGCAGGCCGAGAUACGGAGCUACAAGGGCCUCAUGGUCGCCGAGAAGAUGACCUCCAACCGCCAGAUCGCCUCCGCCGGCAAGUCCAUACAGGAAAUGGAGGACGAGUUCGUCUAG